GGGUUAGGAUUAAGCGCUGUAAUAACCUACUAUUGGUUAUACUAUAUAUAUAUUUAUACGAUAUUUUACUAUCGGAACAGGACGAAAAGCAAUUUUUCUUCAAAACGUCACUACGUCACUGGAUACGCAACUUCCAUUUGGAGAUUCCGCUUUCGCUUUAUGGGAGCAGCUAACGCAGACGAACACUUAUUUAUAAGAAUUCGUAUUUGUUUUCUGAGCGGAAAAGUGAUUAUGAAGCUUAUUUUUAAUGCACUCGCAGUGACUUUGUUUUUACCCUACCAUGUUGCGUUUGAUAAAGUAUCAGUGUCUUUGAUGGAGGGAGAUUCAGUCACACUACACACUGGAGUUGAAACAAACCAACAAGAAGAUAUUAAAUGGUAUUUCAGUGGCACUCGCAUCGCACAAAUCAAUAGAGAUCUCAGUGAUAUCUGUACAGAUGUUCAGUGUAAUGCAGGUACUGAGAGAUUCAGAGACAGACUGAAGCUGGAUCAUCAGACUGGAUCUCUGACCAUCAUGAACAUCACAAACACAGACUCUGGAGAUUAUAAACUGAAGACCUUUAACAACGACAGUGAAAAGAUCUUCAGUGUUUCUGUCACUGAGGUUCCUGCUGCUGAACUACAUGAAAUGAAGGAGAGAGAAUCUGUCACUUUAGACUCUGGUGUAAUAAAACACACAAAUGAUGUGAUGACGUGGUAUUUUAAUGAGACUGAAAUCACUGGAGAUCAGAGUGAGAUCUGUACAGAUGUUCAGUGUAAAGAGAGAUUCAGAGACAGACUGAAGCUGGAUCAUCAGACUGGAUCUCUGAUCAUCAUGAACACCAGAACCACAGACUCUGGAGAUUAUAAAGUACUGAUAAACAUCAGAAACAGCAGCUUCAGCGUCACCAGAGUGAAGAGAUUCAGUGUUUCUGUCACUGCUGUUCCAGAUUCAGAUCUGUCUCCAGCUGCUGUCGCAGGAAUAGUUGUUGCUGUUAUUCUUCUGGUGGCUGCGGCUGUAGCUGCUGGUGUGGUUAACUAUCGCCGCAGGAGCCGUACAGCAGUACCACAGAAUGAGGAGGAUGAUGGUAACUCGCCGCCUGAUCCUAAAAGCAUUCGUUUGAGGUAGAUGGGAUGUCCUUAAACUGUUUACUCACAAAGUGAUCUGAAGAUUUCAGUAGUCUGUACCAAUACCAGUACAACUGUCACACAUAUAGCAUACCAAUUGAAAUAUUUUAUUUAAAUAGAUUAAAAGGUAACAUUUAGCAUUAAACAGUAUAUAAAAAAUAAUGUUAGCAACAUGGUAACAUCAUUAGAACAGAGAGAUGUUUUGGUAUGUAGAGGUUUACCUUCUAAAGUGAUUGAGAUGAAAAUAGAACAGUGAGACAUGUUUCAUGUCUUUUGCACUAAAAGAAGUAUUAAUGCACUGAUCUGGUUUGACAUAUCAGCCAUUAUCUCCAGCCUGUUUAUAUCCACACUGAUAGAAUGGACUGUGUUUCCACAAAUACCCCACCAAGGUAGGCAUUACACUGAGGGAACUUUUUGUUUUGUUUCCCAUUACAUCAAGAUGCAUUAAUGUAAGAAGAAAAAAUAAGAUACAAUGUCGUUUUCUGAAAACUUAAUUUAAAAUUUAAU